CAGCAGGAAGGAUGCCACUGGAGGACCAGUACAGGAACAGACCCUCCAUAACACAGGGACCAAAGAGUAACACAUGUUCCCCAGCUGCACAGAUGUUGGCUGCUGAAGCACUACUGUCACUAGUGGAGGAGGACCCCCGCAGGGUAUGUCAAGCACUCCAAGAACAAGCAUUUUCUCCUCCCCCUUUCAUUCUUUGUUCCCCUUGCCGAGUCAUUUCCUGCAGCUGUGCUCUCCUGGAGCUCUUGGUGGGGACGUGUGCUCUUCUGAGGCUCUCUCACACAGGCAGGAGGAUUGGUCUCAGAAUGCGCCUUGUUUAUCUCAUCCUCGCUGCCUUCCUCAGGCAACCACUGGAUGCCAUGGGGCAGACCUCCGUCACCCAGCAAGAUGGACAAGUCACUGUGGAGCAGGGAAACACCUUCCAGACCACUUGCACAUACCAGAGCUCCAACUUUUAUGCCUUGAUCUGGUACCAGCAGAAGAAGGGACAAGCCCCUCAGCUGGUCACAUAUCACACCACAGCAGGCACCAAGCAGAAGGACCGUUUCACCGUGCAGCUGAACACUGUGGAGAAAUCCAGCGUUCUGCGGCUGAAGGAAGUCGAGCUCUCUGACAGCGCCUUGUACCUCUGUGCUGUGCGUGACACCCUGGUGCAGGGAGCUGCCCUGCCUGAGCAACAACCCCGGAUGGGGAGGGGAAGUAUCUGUGUAACUGAGGAUGCUGCAAUCAGCAGUAGACAUGGAGGAUCCCACAGUGGUGUUCUGUGG